AUCCGAUGGUAGCUAGGCGAUUAUGUACACUAUACAUGGUUGUUCCGGUCUUUAUGUUUAAGUUCUCUUUAAACAGGUGUCAAUUUCCCUAUAAUUAGCAUAUUUGUAAGUGGAUUAGCAUUUAAGACAUUUAAAAAACAAAAGGUUUACUUUAUACACUCGGAUAUAAUAUCAGUAAGGUACAAUUUGUAUAUAAAUGAAAAACAAACGAAUUGAAUAAAUGGAUGAAAAGCUGCAGUAUUCUUGUUUGUGUUUUUAUUCUUAUUCCAAAAGAGGAUUUAACUAAAUAGAUAAUGACAACUGUGCAAAUGCAACGGGCCGUUUCGGCCGUCAGCCCUGUUGGAACACCGGGAAGGCUUCCAAACCUCCCGGUGAUCGAACAUCCAAUGUCCCGGCUUGGUGACAGAAAUGACUUGGCGGUUCGAGGGUCUUCAACAUACGGUGGUCGGAAUGGUGAACUCACCCCUCGAGGGCUACAAAGAAGCAACACAGACGUUGGGACUAGAAAACGAGAAUUAAAUGAAGCAGGCAAAAAAUCACCAGAUAGAAUUCUUAAUUGGCCCCCAGACAAAAAGACAUUUAGAACUAGACCCAAUCCAGCUGUUGAGCUGACCCCUCCUUUCAAAUACAAGGAAAAGCCGUAUGAAGGUAUCUUACCGGACAUUAACGAGGCAGCAGCAGACUUCGGAGAAGUCCCGGACAAAGUCGACAAGUUCCCAAGAGUUGGACAAAUUCCAAAAUUACCGCCUUUACCAAGCAUUGUAGAACAAGAAGAGUUUUUGAAGGGGCCUGGAAAACCGUUCAUAAAAAGUAAAGAGUAUAAUUACCAGCCACGAACUACACAAGAGUUAAUCGACCUGAUACGAGAUAAGUUUGGUACCGGAUAUUAUGGAAUUCGACACCUGUUUAGAGCCAAUGAUCCUACAGGGAAAGGAGCCGUAUCUAGAGAGGCUUUACAGAAAAUAUUGUAUACGUUGUGUGGUUACAUAACACCUGACCAGUAUACAAAACUCCUCAGAACAAUGCACCUGGAGGGUAAAAGCCUGAUACCAUUUGAAACAUUUGUCCAAUACUUUAAAGACACAGAGGACAAGAAGAACUGGGUGAGUGCCCUACAGGCAGCUAGUAUGCACUCAUCAGAGACUAAUGUACCCGAGGGUUACCUGAGGCGGACAGAUAUGAGAGUCCAUGAUCCUUAUACCUCCAUGCCAUUUUCUGAUGCUAUAUUUAAGGAAAAGUGUAAAUCGAGAAAUUUUGAUGCACACAAGGUGUUUCCUGACUCAGUAUUUGAGACAAAUGGCCUGAUACUACCACCUCAGCUAAGAGAAGCUUAUGCUACCUUAGGCAUUUAUAUGACAGACGAAGAUUUUAACAAACUAUGGCAACGGUAUGAUAAAGAAGGCACAGGAGCGCUACAUACUGAACAGUUCUUCCGUUCUGUCGGCUUAGAUCCUCAAGGGCGACCAAGACAAGCAGCGCCAUACACGCCACGUGGUGCCGCUUAUCCGAAAUCGAGGCAACGGCCUCAUUCUGAAAUUGGUCACACGGAUGGAAUUGAUACCUCAGCUGAACUGCAGAAAAUUUUGAAAAAAGAAGGCGUUGAGGAAUUACCAAAGACUGCGAGGGAUAAGAUUGAAGUGCCAACAGCAAAUGAGGAACCUACCACUACCUCGAAAGAAGCAAAGCCUGGAGAAGACCCUGGGCGAAAGAUAGAAAUCAAAAAGACGCCAAAAGUGGCUCCUAAACUGGACAGUAUUAUUGAUUGCUUACACUAUAAGUUUGAAGAGUCCUAUCAGGCCAUGUUAACAGCAUUCCAACUGUUUGACUUUCUAAAUGAUAGUUAUGUAUCAAAGAUUGACUUCAGACGAGUUCUUUUAGAAUUUGGAUUUUUUAUUUCACCAUCAGAACUUGAUCACUUCCUUAAAAAAAAUGGGAUGCGGGCCAUUAAAGGACAACUUAAUUACCGUGAUUUCUUGAAUAAGUUCCAAAGCAAAUCAUUAAACAGCAUUAUGGCACGAGCGGCAGUUGAUACAACACAUCCGUUCCAUGGUGAAGGUUCAAAAGAUGACCCGACGAUGACGGCCGAUGCACUUGAGGCCCGCUUGCUCGACCAUUUCCAUCAAGAUUUUAUUAAAAUACUCGCUCACUUUAGACAAUGUGAUAAAUACAACAUAGGAGUGGUAACAAAGCACGAGUUCCGAUCUGCAAUUGAGAAAAGACUGGGUUAUGCCAUGACAGAAACGCAAUGGGAAAACUUGAAAAGCAUAGUGGGUGAGGACAAAGACGGUCUGAUUCCUUACACCAAGUUUCUCGAGUUCUUUGAUAUCACACCUGGAUCCUGGAAUAUGAAACAAGAAGGCGGAAUACAGGUGGCACAGAUUCCCACAUGUGACAUGCCGGUACCAGCACAAGUAGAAAUGUUAAAAGAAAGAGCCAAAACUGAAAUGGUUCCUCCUCCACCACCCCCACCAGAUAGUGCUGAAAAUAAGAUACGAUCUAUAGAAGAGGAUAACAGACGAAAAGCAAAAGUGAUUAAAAAGAGACUUGAUGAACUAUUUAAAACCAGGUUCCAUACAUUUGAUAAGCACUUCAAAGCAAUGGAUAGACGAAUGACUGGCCGGAUGAGCAAGUGGCAAUUUGGCGCUCUUUUGAAAAUGUGUGGUUUAGCGUUACAUCCUUUGGAACUUGACAGAGUCUGGGCAACACUGAAUGUAUCUACAGAUGGCAUGUACAGUUAUAGCACACUUAUACAGCAUUUUAUCAACUACAAAGUUCCAUAUGAGCAAAAGGAAACAGUUAUAUAUGAAAAUAUGUUUAAUUUGGACGAGGCUGAGGAGAUUUGGUGUGAUUCUAAAGAAGACACGAAGGAACUUGUAGAAACUGCCCGCCGUAUUCAGAGAGAAAGACGUGAAGAACAGAUGAAGCGCGAUUACAUAGCAAGACAAAAAGCCAGAGAAAACAAUGAAGAAUGGACGCCGGAAAUGCAGACUCCGCGUAUUGGUACAGCGUCUACAACAAUUUCACGCGCUUCCGUUCCAAGCAUACCGGCGUCACGUGCAUCAUUUGCAAGUGUACAAAGUACCCGGACUAAGUCUCUUCUAGUCAAAAUACGUACAGAUGUUGUCAACAACUGGGAAGGAUUGAAGUCCGUGUUCAAAUACAUUGACAGAAAUGGUAGUGCCUCGAUUCCAAUGAAUGAAAUGCGGGAGAUCAUGUCAAGUAUGCAGUUCAGUUUGGACGAAGAGGAGAAGGCGGAGUUAUGUAAAAGAUUUGAUUCGCAGAAAAACGGAAGAUUUAACUACCUUCAGUUUAUGAAAUGUUAUGCACAACGCCCUAAAAAGGAUAAUCAGCCAAAAGCACAGGCCUACAGCAAAUUUAAUCAUCAACUUCAAGCACAGACAUUAAUCAAAGGGAAGCAAAGGAGACCUACAAUUCAAGAAGUUAUUGAAAUUGUUUGUGAGAAGUUGUUCAAGGAACAUCGCACAUUACGACGAGCGUUCAAGAAAUUAGAUCAAGGUCAUAAAGGUUAUCUUAACAUGAAGGACUUCCGGAAGGCCCUCAAAGAAUGUAAUAUCAACUUUACCAAUGAAGACUUCUACCAUUUCCUUACUGAAUUCGAUCACAACAUGGACGGGAAAAUACCAUACGAGAUGUUCUUAAAGACAAUGCUUUCAGUUUAGAUACAGAUUUAUCUACAGUCAAUCCUUUGUCAAAGGUCAUCUGUGAUAAGCGACCAGUUAUCUUAUAAGACUUUACAUAUAUUAUAUAUUUAAAAAAAAUGUUGUAUAUUCUUAUUUAGAAUUUGCCUGUUAUCACAUAAAGAUUUUUAAACAGGGUUGUAAUUACUGACAGGGUUUGACUGUAUUUAGAGGCAUGUCUUAAGAAUGAGACUUGACUGGUUUACUGCCAAAUCACCAUUAUGUAUAAAAGAGUAGAUGUUCACAUACACGUAUAGUGUAUUACAGUACAUGUGAUUAAGAGGCGUGUAUACGUUUUUUCAUUAAGACUUAAAGCAGCAUGCCUCCAGAUUCAUGCUAAUUUUCAUUUAAAAAAUUGAAAAUGCAUUAAAAGGUAAAAUAUUGUGAAGUGAACAAAGAAAUAGUUUACAUAUUGCAAACGGCACUUACAACACAUGUAAAUUACAAAAGAAGAGGUCAAAAUUUGCAAAAAUAAUUAGCCCAUACUGCGUAAGUAAUGUAAAAUAUGGUGAAAAAUACUGCAGAAAAUGUCAUUUGGAAAAUUCUUACGUUUAUCCUGAAUCUUUUUUACUUUUUGUAAAAUCUCAGUACAUUUUUCUCAAGUUUGAAUUUCUUCACUAAUUGUGGCUCAUCUGGAGGCAUGCAACUUAAGGAAAGUAUGUUAGUUAGUUCUUGUGAAUGAGAUAUGAUGUGUGUUUACAUGUCACUUUUCUUGUCUCCACAGAAAACAUGAUCAAAUGGAAAUAUCAUUAACAAAGUGGGCACAUAGUUUUAAAAACUGUUUAUGAAUGUUAUCCAGUUAUUCUAACCGUUUCUAACCGAAGAUUUAAAUUUGAAUAUCUGUCAAAUGGGUCUUUUUUCCAUUACACCUGUUCACGUUUUAAGUAUUAAUUACUACACAUUUAGUAAAAAUCAAAAUAAGUAUGAAAGUCAAAUAAAAUUACGCAAAACCUUUCAAAAAUGGCAUUUAAUUAUUUGUUUGAAAUUGAAAUGUUCACAAAUUGCAUUUAUUUUGCUGUUAAGUUUGAAAGAUACUGUUUCAUUGUUUUGUUUCUUUUUGUAUAGUAGAGUAUGUACAUGUAUCUGAAAAUAUGACAGAAAGAUGAGCUUCAUUUUUAUGUUAACUUUUACCACUAAAUAUCAUAAAUAGGACUUGUCCAUUUUUCAAUCUGGGCAAAACCAUUUAUCAUUUCAGGAGAGAUUAUUAGUAAGAAUGAGAAGUGGAUUUUUAGCUUUUUAUUGUAACAAGUGUAACAGCUAAGAAUGUGCCCAUAACAUUUUCUUUACAAUACAGACGAUGGGACAAUUGCUCACCCUAAUACUUUAAGAUUAUUUCAUAACAUUUUGUCACAUUUUAACUGUUUCAAAUGUUAACUUCUUUCUUUUCAACAUUAAAAGUGUUAGUUGCAACAAAAUUGUUAACUUGCAGUGUAUUUAGGUGAUUAUUUUAAGACUGUGAGAAUAAGGAAAAUUGAUUAGACACAUACAGUGACCUUGGACACAUACCGUGACCUUGGACACACAUAUACAGUGACCUUGAAAAACAAAUGAGGACAACUCUUAUUGUUAUGAUUUCAUAAUUAUUUAUUUUUAUUGUUAAACUGUAAAUGAGUAGUUUAAGUAGAGAACUUUUUAUUACUGUAAAAGAUUAAGAAUAGAUAUUUAUUUUUAUUUGUUUUAUUUAUUAUUUUUUUCAUAUAUUUUGCAUAAUGUAUUAAUAAUCAGUAUUGUUAAAAGUUACCUGGCAUAUUUGGCCAUAAUAUCUCGUUAUUUUUUUUAUUUUAACUCUUCAUGUGUAUUUUAAUGACAUAUAAAGAAACCAUGUAAUGCUUACUACUGACCAUAAAUACAUGUAGAUUAAACCUAAUUCUUCCGGAUUUUGUAAAAAAAAUAAUGGACUCGUCUUUUUUUUAGAUGAAGAGUUCACUAAUAGAUUAAAGGAUUCCUAAUUCUACAAAUGAGUAGCCAAUAUAAGAGUUAAUGUGAGUAAACCGACCAAUCACAAUUCUUAUAAUUACCGUUGUUGCUUAGCGCUGGGAGGGUUUAGUAUGUGGAGAGUUAGAGAUUUAUUUUAUUACAUUCAGUAUAAUAGAAUUGCCAUUUCAAUAAGUAUAUGUGGGAUGCAUUUAACUGACCCAUAUAAGACUUUGUCUUAUGAAAACAAUCUAAAACAAGAACUGUACAAAUUCCUCCAUUUUCACUUAUUAGCUGCACACAUUAAAGCGGAGGAGUUUUAUAUUUAUUUAGCCAAAACGUUUAAGUGUCAUCAUCACUUUAUCAAAUUGACCAGCAUUACCAUAUGUUUAGCAGAGAACUCAGCUUUACUCACUUAAAAUCAAAAUAUAGAACAUAUUGUUCUGUUUAUAAUUUAUUAUAUAUUUAUCAAUGUACAUGAAUUUGUUUCUGCAAAAAUGCAUGUUUAUUAUUCAAAUGUUAUUUUUCCUAUAAAUGAUUAUAUGAGGACAUUAUACUUUGGUUAUACAUGAAGCACUUUCAUAAAUACUGUGAUAAUAUUGUUUUAUGUAACAGAAUUAAAUUAUCUCUUACAACUGGA